AUCAUUGACCCGUGAAAGACACGCCACUGAAUGACCCACUUCGAGGACACACUCUCACACAGUUUACGUUUUUUCCGACAGGUGUGCGCAGGGAACUUUUCUUAGGUGUCCCAAAAGGGUAUUUUUGGAGUUUGCCGCGGCUUCCUGCUUCAAUGAACGUUCUAAAAUCAAAAACAAAUCACUGUUUGUGAACUAUGGGCUUCGUUACUACACUAAAACGUUUGCUUUGAGCUUCACUUUCCACAAUUAUGGCAAAGGUGAGGGGUAAUCAGAGUGGCGGAGACGGAGACUACCACUCAUAUGACGACGUGGUAAACGACAGUGUCGACGACUACCAGGAGCCAUACCAUCGCCAGGGACGUCGAGCAGAUUCACGUGACAGGAACCCACGUGACAGGGAUCCACGUGAUAGAGAUCCACGUGACAGAGACCCACGUGACAGUUACCCACGUGAGAGAGACCCGCGUGAGAGAGACCCACGUGAUACGGAUCUACGUGACAGUUACCCACGUGAGAGAGACCCACGUGACAGGCAUUCACGUGACAGGGAGCCACGUGGCAGGGACCCUCGUGAUAGGGACCCACGGGAUGUGGACCCAUGUGACAGGCAUUCACGAGGCAGAGAUCCACGUGGCAGAGAUCCUUACGGAGAAAGAGACCGCCAUCGACCAAAUCAUGACGACUGCGAUGCUGCCAAUCGAGACGGUGAUAGAGAAAGGAAACGUCGAAAUCAUUCUGACUCGCCCGAACAAGGAGAUGGAAAAAGGGGCUACUCUUCCCCGCUCCGCGGAAGAGACAUAGACUAUCCGCCAACGAGAGGCAGUAGAAGUGGGGGCUAUCCACCAUCAGACGGACGCGGGAAUAGAGAUUUUCCCCCAUCCGAAGAUUACAGAAGUAGAGAUGUUUCGCCAUCAGACAGGUACAGGAAUAGAGACAAUUCACCGUCAGACAGGUACAGAAAUAGAGACAAUUCACCGUCAGACAGGUACAGAAAUAGAGACAUUUCGCCAUCCGAUAGACACAACAGUAGGGACAGGGAUCAGUCGAACGGACGCAAGAAAAAGGGGUUUUUGCCCUCAAGUGAUAUGAGAAAAAGGGAUUAUUCACCAUCGGAGGAAAUAAAUGACUAUUCACCAACAGAGGGGCGUGGACGGAGGCACAAUGAACCCUCAAAUGGUUAUGAUGAAAAAGACUAUUCACCAUCCGCCUGGGGCCACCGCAAUGACUAUUCGUACUCACCUUCAUAUAGUCCCCAAGGAUAUCCGUCAUCGGAUAGAGAAAACUUGGAGAAUGCCAAUGAAACAAACCAAGAUCAAACUAAAAAGAAUAAAGAGCGGAAUAAUCUUACGAACGCAAAGGAUAAAAUCUCAAACAUCUUCAAGAACAUAGCUAGUAAAUUUUCUGACAAAGAUCAGUCUGCUGGGAACGGCAAGACGCUCACAAAUACUCCCGACAACCAUCUGGAGCCGGAAGUGCUGCGUGGCGGAGGGUUGGAGGUCAACACGAACGGGCUAGAUGGAGGUGUACAAACGAGGCGACCUAGAGGAACACCGCCCACUCAUCACUCACACGGGGUGGAUAAAACACCUAGCGUGUCACAGGGCUCUGUCCUUACCCUGGAGUGGCCAGAAGUGGCGGGCAAGGACACGGCCAAGCUUGUCUACGGCCAGGACGAGAACGAGGAGCGUGGCAACUGGACCGGCCGCUUCGACUUCAUCCUCUCCAUGCUGGGCUAUGCGGUGGGGCUUGGGAAUGUUUGGAGACUGCAAACUGUUGCUUCCCUCUAUGGAGUGUGAAGGCAAUCUGCGGAUGGACUACGGUCUGUGUACAGAUGGCGCUGGAAAAGAGGUGGGCCUUUGGAACUCCAGCCUCUUUACAGAAGUCACUGGCCGGAAGCUCAAAUCGCCUGCCCAGGAGUAUUGGAAGUUGUUUAUUUCACAGCUAUCUUCCCCUACGUCGUUCUGUUCAUCUUGUUCUUCCGUGGGGUCACUUUGGACCACGCUAUCAUCGGCAUCAGAUAUUUCAUAAUUCCAGAUUUCGGCAGAUUGCUGGAUGCUAAUGUCUGGAAGGACGCAGCUAACCAGAUCUUCUUCUCCAUGUCUAUCGCCGGCGGAGGAUUGAUCACGCUAUCCAGCUAUAAUAGAUUCCACAACAACAUUCUAAGGGACUCUCUUAUCGUCGCUAUCGGCGACUCGCUGACCUGUGUGUUGGGUGGGUUCGUCAUCUUCUCCUUCCUGGGUUCGCUGGCCGGUGAUCUGGGGCUGGAGAUAAAGGACGUGGCUACGGAAGGCGCUGGUCUGGCGUUUGAGGUGUACCCAGAGGCUGUGUCCAGCCUCCCACCUACCACCAUGUGGGCCAUCCUCUUCUUCCUCAUGCUGCUCACACUGGGACUUGACUCACAGUUUAUCUUCGUGUACAUGUUCAUUGACUACUCCCCGUCCACGUAUGGAGACGACUACACUUACCCUGUUUGGGCCGAUGUGUUCGGCUGGCUGUUCACUCUGGCGUCGGCAGCCGCCAUACCUGUGACCAUGGUCUACAAGAUUUGUCAGGAGACCGAGGGAGACACAUAUUUCCAGAAAGUGAAGCUGCUGUGCAUGCCCUCCGUGUACUGGGGCCCGGCGCUUCAGAAACACCGGAAACUGGUCACGUAUGUCGCAGACUUCCAGGUGGACCCCAAAUCAGACGUGAAACCUGAGACCAGUUUCGUCAACCUGGGAUUCACAGAAGACCCGCCCGGCCAACACAAGUUGAAGAUGGAGAGUCGUGACGUGUCCCUGGGUACAUCCCGAGUGUCCAUGGUGUCCAACGUGUCACGUGGUACGCUAGGCUCCACCCACUCGGGGAAGUCGAAACGAACUUACGAGACCAAUGUCUGAUGAAAGAUUCACUGGGUACGGGUGUGAUGGGGGAAGGACAGUGGGAAGGGGAGAGCGGAGGGUAAAGAGAGGAAAGGGGAGAGUCUAAAAGGUUCACGGAGACUGAGAACGGGUAUGUUUGGAAAAGGGGGGGGGAGACAAGGAAAGAGCGUUUGGUGCAGAGAUAUUGAGGGAGGGGGAGAGGGGAGGACAGAAAGACGGGAGGGCCAUGGGAAGUAAAAGAGGGGGGAGAGUAA